GGGGCCUACUUCCGCUUUCCGGAGAGGCGCGCGCUCUGCUCUCAGUCUACUGGGGAUCAUGGCAGCCGCGGCCACGAUGGCGACCUCGGGUUCGGCGCGGAAGCGGCUGCUCAAGGAGGAAGACAUGACCAAAGUGGAAUUCGAGACCAGCGAGGAGGUGGACGUGACCCCCACGUUCGACACCAUGGGCCUGCGGGAGGACCUGCUGCGCGGCAUCUACGCCUACGGUUUUGAAAAACCAUCAGCAAUCCAACAGCGAGCUAUCAAGCAGAUUAUUAAAGGGAGAGAUGUCAUCGCACAGUCUCAGUCCGGCACAGGCAAAACAGCCACCUUCAGUAUUUCAGUCCUCCAGUGUCUGGACAUUCAGGUUCGUGAAACUCAAGCUUUGAUCUUGGCUCCAACGAGAGAGUUAGCUGUACAGAUCCAAAAGGGCCUGCUUGCGCUAGGUGACUACAUGAACGUCCAGUGCCAUGCCUGCAUUGGGGGCACUAACGUGGGGGAGGACAUCAGGAAACUAGACUAUGGGCAGCAUGUGGUCGCAGGCACGCCGGGGCGUGUUUUUGACAUGAUUCGGCGCAGGAGUUUAAGGACGCGCGCCAUCAAGAUGCUGGUUCUGGAUGAGGCUGACGAGAUGUUGAAUAAAGGUUUCAAGGAGCAGAUUUACGACGUGUACAGGUACUUGCCUCCUGCCACGCAGGUGGUUCUCAUCAGUGCCACGCUGCCUCACGAAAUCCUGGAGAUGACAAACAAGUUCAUGACGGACCCAAUCCGCAUCUUGGUGAAGCGUGAUGAAUUGACUCUGGAAGGCAUCAAACAGUUUUUUGUGGCUGUGGAAAGAGAAGAGUGGAAAUUUGACACCCUGUGUGAUCUCUACGACACGCUGACCAUCACUCAGGCCGUCAUCUUCUGCAACACCAAAAGGAAGGUUGACUGGCUGACGGAGAAAAUGAGAGAAGCCAAUUUCACCGUGUCCUCGAUGCACGGAGACAUGCCUCAGAAGGAGCGCGAGUCCAUCAUGAAGGAGUUCCGCUCCGGGGCCAGCCGGGUGCUCAUUUCCACAGACGUCUGGGCCCGGGGCUUGGAUGUCCCUCAGGUGUCUCUCAUCAUUAACUACGACCUGCCCAAUAACAGAGAAUUGUAUAUACACAGAAUUGGGAGAUCAGGUCGGUAUGGCCGAAAGGGUGUGGCCAUUAAUUUUGUAAAGAAUGACGACAUCCGCAUCCUCAGGGACAUCGAGCAGUACUACUCCACGCAGAUCGAUGAGAUGCCCAUGAACGUUGCUGACCUGAUCUGAAGAGACAGAUCCGCUCCACUAAGGAUGAGCUGGAGACUCUUCACUUAUUUUGUGCUCGUUUGGAAAUAUUUUAAGGCAGUGCCUAUUUAAUGGGGUUUAUAUGGACUCUGUUCUCAUAGCCUUCCCCGCCCCUCCCUUCCCCUAAAAUCUCUAGGAAUUCUGCUCUCUUUUCUUAUCCACGUGUAAAUAAAGCAUUGCUUUAAGUCUUUUUCAUUAAAUGUUUGAAAAUUUCCCAUAAA